AUGGCUUUUGCAAACAACAGAAAGACAAACGACCUCUUAUCUGCAGCCCCUGUCACCGCUGCUGCCGGUCUGGUCGCGUAUGGCAUCUACACCGCCUACCGCUCUCAUCAGCAGAAAAAGGCUGUUGAGAUGGGCUACAAAGAAAUCCCCACUCCCAAAGGCGCUGUUCCCUAUCUUGGCCACUUGCCUAUGCUUGCCGAACUUCCCGCUCUCAAAAUUACCGAAUGGCAAAAAGAGCUAGGCCCAAUUGUCCGCGUUCACAUGGGUCAAAAACCUUGGAUUGUUAUCAGUGACCCUCAUCUUGCCCACGAAAUUUUCAGCAGUAACGGAGCUGUUACCUCUGGCAGACCUUUCCAAAACUAUGCUGCCAAGAUUCACGCGAUUAAUCAAAGAGGCAUCGCUUUCCCUAAUCCAGACAAACGCUGGAAAAAGACACGGACUGCAGCUCUCGAUGUGCUGGCACCCAAAAACAUAAACAAGUUCGGUCCUAUUCUCGAACGCGAAGCCGAUUUCAUCGUCGAGCAUUUGCUCAAGACGACGGAGGAAAAGGGGAGCAUUGACGUUGUCAAGCCACUUCAAUUCGCCACAAUGAACUUUUUGUUCGUGACGUGCUUGGGUAUGCGUGCUACGCACGUUAAAGAUCCUUUGUUUGUCGACGUUGUCAGCGUGAUUGAUCGCAACAUGAAAAUGUGUGGUGUUGCCGAAGACACUGCUUGGUUCUUGCCGAUCCUCUCCGUCUUGGACUUUGUUCUUCGCAAGGAGGCUAAACAAAAAGCUUUCAUCAAGGAGAAGCGCGAUCCAUUGUUCCGUCGGUUGAUCAAGGAGGCGUUGGAGAGCGAUAGGGAUAGUUUGGUCAAGUCGCUUUACGCGCUCAAGGACGAAACCAACUUGCUUGAUGACGACGGUAUCAUGGUCACAAUCAACGAAUUGAUUGGUGCCGGUGCCGAUACAACCUCCGGCACGCUUGCUUGGACUUUUGCUAUCUUGACCCAUCACCCCGAAGUCCAAGCAGAAAUUGUUCGCGAGCUCGACGCAUUUAUUUCUGUUCACAAGCGCGUUCCAAAGUUCAGUGAACGCGAGGAACUGCCUUAUUUGAUUUCAGUGCAGAAGGAAUGCAUGCGAUACCGACCUCCUACUCACUUUGGUUUGAUGCAUGAAGCCACGGACGACUUGGAGUGCCGUGGCUAUUUCAUCCCAAAGGGUACUGUUCUCGUUUCGAACAUGUACGCCACCCACAAGAAUGAGCAAGUAUUCCCUGAGGCGGAGAAGUUUAUACCCACUCGUUUCCUCAGCAACCUCAAGACCAUGUCUGCUGCUGCAAACUCCAGUAUUGAAACCCGUGAUCAUUACAACUUUGGCUGGGGUCGUCGAAUCUGCCCAGGCAUUCACCUGGCCGAAGUGGAAAUGUACAACAUUCUCGUUCGCGUUUUUGCAUAUGCAACCGUCGAAGCACCUUUGAACGACAAGGGUGAGCCUGUACUCCCUGAUCUGGAUCAUUGGGAGGAUGCCGGUCUUACAAUGCCACCCCAUGAUACCACUCAUCGAUUUGUCAAGCGUAGCACAUCACUCCUCUAA